UUAGUUGUAUCAACUUGGGGUUCAGGAAUUGUAUCCUGUCCUAAAUCCGACUAGAAGGUCGACAGCGAGACCACUUGUCGGCCGGUUGUGUAGCAGUGUCUAAUAUUGAGCCGGGUUUCUGGUGUUAUUCCUUUGUAAAUACUGUUAUUUGUAUAUACUGUAAAUGAUGACGUCCAUGGGCGGGAACCGAGCCCGGGGCAGCUGGGAGCAGACACAGGGCCAGACACAGAGUCAGACACAGCACAAGCAGAGGCCUCAGGCUACAGCAGAGCAGAUCCGACUCGCGCAGAUGAUUUCAGACCACAAUGAUGCAGACUUUGAAGAGAAGGUCAAACAGCUGAUUGACAUCACAGGCAAGGACCAGGAUGAGUCAAUGAUCGCACUGCACGAUUGCAACGGGGAUGUCAACAGAGCCAUUAACGUGUUGCUGGAGGGUAGCCCAGACACUGACUCUUGGGAAAUGGUGGGGAAGAAGAAAGGGGUGUCCGGCCAGAAGGAGGCGAGCCAGGCAGAGACUGGAGAGGAAGGAAAAGAGAACCGGGAGAAAGGAGGAGAGAAAGAUGUAGCACGUCGUCGAGGUGGAGCUCCACGCAAGGGCCGUGGAGCCAGCAGGGGACGAGAGUUUCGCGGUCAGGAGAACGGCUUGGACGGAGGCAAGGCCGGAGUAGCUGGAAGAGGAGCAGAGCGAGGCCGAAGGGGAAGAGGCAGAGGAAGAGGGACUGUCGGAGUAUCUGGACGGCGAGGAGGCAGAUUUUCGGCGCAGGGCAUGGGCCAGAUUGAUAAGGGGCCCAGAUAUGAUAUUGCAGGAGGUGAGAGAACAUUCAACCCUGCUGACUAUGCGGAGCCAGCCCAGACAGAAGAAAACUAUGGCGGAGGCAGCACCUGGAACAACACAGGAAGCGUGGAGCUGGAAGAGGGAGCUAGGUUGGAAUACGCUGCAGGAGAGGGAACAAAUUACCCGCCCAAGUUUGACUCUGCUCCAGGUGCCUGGAGGACCGCCACAGAGGAGUGGGGCACAGAAGACUGGAAUGAGGAUCUUUCAGAGACCAAGAUAUUCACAGCUUCCAGUGUGGCGUCCAUGCCUCUGCCUCAAGAGAAUGUUACCAUCACCAAAGGACAGAGGAUCGACCUUGCGGUGCUCCUGGGAAAGACUCCCCCGUCCUCCUCCUCAGAGACAGAAAAUCCCCCCAUGGAGGCCACCCAGCCCCCCUCCUUGUCCCAGUCACUGGUUUUCAGCAACUCAAAGCAAGGGGUGCCACUCUCCCAAACAUCCUCCAGCACCCCGUACACCCAGCACAGCAUGGUCAGCAUGCUGAGCAAGGGUUUUGGUGAUGUGGGAGAUCCUAAAGGAGCGAGCACAGGGACCACUGGUUCUCAGUUCCUGGAGCAGUAUAAAACGGCUCAGGCGCUGGCCCAGCUGGCAGCCCAGCACUCCCAGACUGGACCUCCCAACACAGCCCCUUCAUCCUGGGACACCAGUGCCACCUCACUGGGACAAUAUGACAUGAAGACUCAACCUGAGUCUGCGGUCCAUACGCCCUUUACGAAGCGGCAGCCCUACCAGGCCGCCACUUCAACCUCGUCCAUGUUGGAUGUUUUCCUGCAGGACAAAGGCCUGCCUCCUUCCUCCUCGUCUUCUUCCUUACCCCAACAAACAGCGUCCUCACCCCAUGUGGUGCCCCCGCCUGCGUCCUCCCUCCCCAAAAUGGCAGCAGUCCCUUCAUUAGGUCAGCAAGUUUCCCCGAGUUCCUCAGAUGCCCAGGGUUCAAGUCCGCUGCCUCUGCAGCAACACAAACUCAAACAGCAGAAGAAGAGGACCUCAAUCACAACAAAAAUUCCUGCAAUGGCGGUAGAGAUGCCUGGCUCAACAGAUAUCUCAGGCCUCAAUCUUCAAUUCGGAGCCCUGCAGUUCGGAUCAGAACCAGUUUUACCAGAGUACGAGUCCACACCUGCAACCACAACACCAGCCAACCAGGUUCAGAACAGUCUCUACACGAGCCCCAGCAGUGAGUCAACUCCAGCUCUCUCCAACUCCAGCCAGAUGGACCUGUACGACCAGAGAGCGCCUCAGACUCGACGCUACCCUCCCUCGGUCUCCUCCUCCCCCCAGAAGGAUAUGCAGCCCAAGAAUGGCUUCAAUUCAAUACAAGCAACGCAGUCUGUGGAAGCUGCAGCAGGCUCUGCAGUAUCAGUGAAGCCGGUCUCUGAUUCAGUCACGCCUGUCUCCAGUAUGGGCACUUUGACUGACAGCGGUUCGGCCUCCUUGUUGACGACAUCCAAUCAGACGUCCCUCAGUAGUCUUGGGCACAGUGAAGACCUGCCUCCAAGCACCAUGCCCCCUCCUCAGCACAACAACUCUCACCCAUCACAACAGAACAGCCUUGCUCCGUCGUCAGUGCGGACAUCCAACUCAAGCUUACUGCAUCCCACUGUAGACGGUGACUCAAGCCUUCACUCCUCCUCCUUCCCUCCUUCUGUCUCAGCCGUGCCGUCGUCAUCAGUCCCCUCCUCUUCCUCUGUGGCUGCUGCGCAGGUGUCCCUAGGGGCCCCUCAGGCCUCUUCUGUAGGCUCUGCCACAGUUUCAGCCCCCUCUGGUCUCGGCCCCGUCAGCAGUCUGGGCAUGGGUCUCAACACUGCCUCCAUGGGCGCCCCAGCUGCAGCAAUCGCCGCCGCUUCAGUCUCCUCAACGGCCAUUCCUUCUUCAGCUACUUCCUCAUCCUCGCGCAGCUCUGCAGCAUCCUCAGGGAAAGCACCUCCAAACCUGCCACCUGGAGUGCCCCCUCUACUGCCCAACCCAUACAUCAUGGCCCCCGGACUACUGCAUGCCUACCCUCCUCAGGUGUACGGCUAUGAUGACCUACAGAUGCUGCAGACAAGAAUACCGCUGGAUUAUUACAGCAUCCCCUUUGCAACCCCCACAACAGCACUGACUGGCAGAGACGGCAGCCUGACAAGCAACCCGUACUCUGGCGACUUAUCGAAGUUUGGUCGAGGUGACGCAUCAUCCCCGGCUCCAGCCACCACAUUAGCUCAGACGCAACAGAACCAGACCCAGACGCAUCACACCACACAGCAGCCCUUCCUCAACCCCGCGCUGCCGCCCGGCUACAGCUAUACAAGCCUCCCAUACUACACUGGCAUGCCAGGCCUGCCCAAUACCUUCCAGUACGGACCUGCUGUGUUUCCGGUGGCUCCUACCUCGUCAAAGCAGCACGGUGUGAAUGUCGGCGUCAAUGCAUCAGCCACGCCCUUCCAGCAGGCUAGUGGCUACGGUUCCCAUGGAUACAGCACUGGCUAUGAGGAUGUGGGCCAGGCUUCAGGGAGUGGGGAUUUCUGUAAGGGCGGAUACGGCACUGCCGUGGCCGCUGCCGCUUCUGCACAAAACAAGCCAGCCAGCUCUGUCACCGGGCCUGGAGUCGGAGUUUCUGUGACAUCAAGUAACACGGGGGUACCAGAUAUUUCAGGGUCUGUUUACACAAAGACGCAGUCGUUUGAGAAGCAGGGUUUCCAUGCUGGCACGCCAGCAGCUUCGUUCAGCCUGCCCUCGGCUCUGGGGAGCGGGGGACCCAUCAACCCCCCAGCUGCCGCUGGCUACGCCCCGGCCCCCUUCAUGCACAUCCUGGCGCCACACCAACAACCCCACUCUCAGAUCCUGCACCACCACCUGCAGCAGGACGGACAGAGCGGCACCGGACAGCGCAGCCAGAACGCCUCCAUUCAGCAGAAGUCUCAGAUCAACAAGUCGGCAUACAACAGCUACAACUGGGGGGCAAACUAACAUCCACUGUCGGGGCCCCCACCCCCACACUGUUGACAGAAGCUAGAAGGGGGGCUCAUCACUCCUUCCGCAAAACAGUCUCCACAUAUAAACUCCCUCUUCCUCCUGCAGAUUCCCUCCCCAGUCUCUUGGCCCAGCACUCCUGCAGCUCUGACUGCGGUCAGAGGAGGUGCUGUGCCGAGAGAACGAGCACUGUAUGGAUGCAUGGAAGGGCGGGAGGGACAGGAGGGGCUUAGAAGAGAGGGGAGAGCGGAGCUUAAUGGUUAGAAAUAACACCGUCAAGAGGUGAAAUAAUGAGUGUUGGGAAUUUGUAUCGUGUUAAUCCCCCUGCCCCACCCCUUUUUUCUUUGACUUGUAUGUAACAUAGAACUGUUUUCUAAAAGAAUGAACGUUUCCUGUAUGGUCUUUUUUUUUUUUUUUUUUUUUUCUCGUCUUCCCCCUUCCAUUUUUUUCUUGCAGAUGGGGAGGAUUGAAGUAAUAUCUGAAGGUGGGGGGACAGGCUGGUUUUGUAUUUCUCACCCUCAACAACUCCCCACUCCUUAAUUUUGGUGGAAACUCUUCCUGCCACACAAAUACCCAAACACAAUAAUUUGCUUAAUUGCUGUUAAAUGUUUUUUUUUAUGUCAUUUAAAGUUUGAAGAAACAAUUCUCUAAAUUGGUAGAGUUGUGAAGUUUAUUUUUUACCAAAUAUAGAUAUAUUAUAUAUAAAGACAUAUAAGCGAGCUCACUGGCUUGGACUGUGAGGAAAGUGUGUUUGUCAUGUGACUGCGUGCAUGUUUGUACACACGGGGGCCGUGGUUGUGUACUGUGCUUUGUUUUUUGCCUAGCACAGAAUUUUUCAUUACCCAACACUUGUACAGUAACUGUUCCCAUGAAUUAUAAAUAUGUUGCAUAAAGGCCCCACCUAUUCUGCAAGAGAUGUUGAAUGAUUUCCAAGGCCAAUACACACCCAGUCUGCCUUCCAGUGUGUUUUAUUUUGUUCGUUUCCGAGGCCCCCCCCCCCCCCCCCCCCCCCCCCCCCCGA